AUGGCCUCCUUCAAGAUGUACGCUCUCCUCGUCACCGUGCUGCUGGCUACCUCGGCGGUGAGCGCGCGUUCCGUGCGCCAAGCGGACGCCACCUCUAACACCACCACCAGCGCCAGCGCCAACGUGACCUUCAACGCGGGAGUGAACGCGACCGGCCUCAUCGAGGCUGCCCAGGAGGAGCGCGAGCGGUUCCUGGCGGGGCUGGAGCAACUCGUCAGCAAGAUUCAGGAGGCGCGCAGCAACGCGUCGGCCGAAGUGGACGCCCGCCUCACCGACACGCUCGCCGCCCUCACGCAGCUGCGCGAGCGCCUGCGCAACGCCACCGCCGACACCAUCCAGCGCGCGCAGCAGGACGUGCAGCAGAAGCUGCAGGAGGAGGGCGCCAACGCCACCGUGGAGCGCCUGCGCGCCCUGGCGCAGCAGGGCCAGGAGCUCGCCGCCAACGGCAGCGCAGCGCUGCGCGCGCAGUGGGAAGCCGGUCAGGCGCAGCUGCAGGCGGCGGUGAAGCAGGCCGAGGCGCUCGUGCAGCAGGGCCGCGACCAGCUGCAGCACAUCGCCAACUCCACCAGCGCCCUCUCCGCCGACGCGCGGGCCAAGCUGGAAGCGCAGGCCCAGGCCCUCAUUCAGCAAGGCCAGAGCCUGGCGGCCAACGCGUCCUCGCAGUGGAACCAGCUGCAAGGCCAGGUGAGCAACGCCACUCAACGCGUGGCGCAGGAGGUGGCCGCGGCCAUCGCCAACGGCACCGGCACGGCCGCCUCCAUCGGCAGCACCGUGCAGCAGCUCGGCCACGACAUCGUCGGCAACAUCGCCCAACAGUUCACCAACAGCAUCACCACCGGCAUCUCCAACGCCAUCAAGGCGGGGCAGGCCGCCGUCACCAACUUCCAGAACAGUAUCGUCGCCGGUAUGCAGGCAGCUGCCAACCUGCAGCACCAGCUCCAGCAGCAGGCCACCGACGCCAUCCACAACGGCCUCUCGAUCUUCGGGUCCCUCUUCCCCAGAGUGUCAGUAGGAGGUUCCACCAGCGGCAGCGUCGGUGGUUCCACCGGCGGCUCCUUCAGGCUCUUCGGCCGCUGAGCAUAGCGCCAACCUCGCGCAUGCGCUCUUGUACCCUUUUGACAAU